AUGGCCUCUUUGCGUGUCUUGUCUCGUUCCCAGUUGCGAAUCGCUCGGGUUGGCCUCCCUCACACUGCAUUCCGAUGCUAUGCGACCUCGAAACCUCAAACCUUGAAGGAGAGACUCGCCGAGCUCAUCCCAAAGGAGAUCGACAAUGUAAAAGCCAUCCGUGCAGAGCAUGGAAAGAAGGCAUUUGGACAAGUUACGGUCGACCAGGUAUACGGCUUGCUCGGUAGCGGUAUGCGCGGUUUGCCGGCCUUGCUCUGGGACGGCUCAGUGCUCGACGCGGAGGAGGGAAUUCGCUUUAGAGGCAAGACCAUCCCCGAAUGUCAGGCUGAACUUCCCAAGGCGCCCGGAGGUUCAGAGCCGUUACCAGAGGGUCUCUUCUGGCUUCUCGUAACGGGUGAAGUUCCCACAGACGCUCAAGUAAAGGCGCUCUCCCAAGAAUGGGCGCAUCGUGCAGCGCUCCCCGAGUUUGUCGAGGAGAUUAUCGACAGAUGCCCACCUAGCCUCCACCCAAUGUCUCAGUUCUCCAUUGCAGUAACGGCUCUCAAUCAUGAGUCUGCAUUCGCAAAGGCUUACCAAGAAGGCAUCUCCAAGAAGGAUUACUGGGGACCCGUCUUCGAGGAUUGCAUGGAUCUCAUCGCCAAACUCCCUAACAUCGCCGGCCGCAUUUACCGCAAUGUCUUUGGCAGUGGAAAACUCCCUGCCAUCGAUACAUCAAAGGACUACUCCUACAAUCUCGCCAAUCUUCUUGGCUUCGGUGACAAGGAGGCUUUUGUUGAGCUUCUCCGCCUCUACAUCACGAUCCACUCGGACCAUGAAGGCGGUAACGUCUCUGCCCAUACUGGAAAACUCGUUGGUUCUGCUCUCUCCGAUCCCUUCCUUGCAUUCGGUGCUUCACUGAAUGGUCUUGCUGGACCCCUACACGGUUUGGCCAACCAAGAAGUCCUUUUAUGGUUGAUGAAGAUGAAGAGCAAGCUCGGAGAUGCACCAACUGACGAGGCGGUCAGAGGAUACAUCUGGGAUACCCUGAACGGCGGUCAAGUGGUCCCUGGCUAUGGCCACGCGGUACUCAGGAAGACUGACCCAAGAUACACUGCCCAGCGAGAAUUCGCCCUCAAGCACCUCCCCAACGAUUCGCUCUUCAAGCUCGUCGGCCAGAUCUACAACAUUGCCCCAGAGGUUCUUCUCGAGGCCGGCAAGGCCAAGAACCCAUGGCCCAACGUCGACGCUCACUCUGGUGUCCUUCUUACUUAUUACGGCUUGACCCAGAUGCAGUUCUACACUGUUUUGUUCGGUGUCUCACGCGCCUUUGGUGUUGCCGCUCAGCUCAUUUGGGAUCGUGCCCUCGGCGCUCCUCUCGAGCGACCAAAGAGUUAUUCCAGCGAAGCCAUCAAGAAGAUGUUUGCCAACAAGUAA